AUGGACCUGCCCUGGCCGGUGUACCUUGCACAUGUUCCAGAACACUUCCUAGCCUUGGGAAGACUUCACCUACUUCACGUACUCGAUCAAAUUGAGCAGCUUGGGCGUGCAGCAGAAGCUAAUGGACGACGCGGCCAAGCUCAACUUCAUCAAGUAGCUGCUCUAUGUGUGGCUGUAUUGAGUGGUGUCACUGCUGGGGCGCUGUUUUUCCUGGGCUUACUGGCGCUCAGCAGAGCUUUCACGUCUCUUGCUGUUUCAUUGUUUCUCUGUUCUGGGCGUUUGCUGCAAGCGGCAACGCCGCACCUCACAGCCCUGGGCCUCAUUCUGUAUGCCAACCGCUUAUUGAGAAGCUCAUUGCUUCGUCAGGAGUGGCUUGACUUCUGGCAACAGUGGACUUGGUCAAGGCAGCUUCUUUCAUUCUUGGGUUUCAGUGUUGCGCAUGUACAGAGCACAGAAUGCCCGAUUUGUGCCAACUCUUUGGAAGACAAUCCAUGGAACUUAGCAAAGCUUCCAUGCUGCGAGACAUCCGUUUGUUGGGAAUGCGUGUGGAGCCACGCAGAGAGUGUCAUCGACGACGCACGUCCACAGAUGACCUGCCCCUUGCUGUGCAAUGGCAAUGGCAAUGGCAAGGUGUUGCCGGAUGUCGUUGUGUUCACCUCUCUGCGGCGACGUCAGUGGUCUUGGAAGGGUUUGGACCUGCUUGGACGCCAGACUCGGCGCAAGAAGCGGGCUUAUGAGCGUUGGAGCCUUUCAAGCGGCCUGGCAUCUAGCUGUGCGGCACGAAUGGAAGACGUCAUCCACUGCCCGGGAAGCGAGUGCAGUCACAUGUGGGUUCUCCCAAAGGCUCUACGAUCAGCCAAAUCAGCCCAGGAACCUGGCAGUCGCUGGGAUCCGCGAGCAUGGUCUGUUGGCCGGCAUAUGGGCUUGUAUGCACCACCGACAGAAGACGGGCACGAUGGACGCUGCGUGAGCUGCCCGGGCUGCAAGAUCGACUACUGCUUGCUUUGCUCCCAAGUGUGGGAGGCGCAUGGGAGGACCCACGAGGGAAAAUCUUGCCUGGAGUUCGACGCUGUGCUGCCCGAGGCCCAGCGUUCAAAGGAUCGCCACUGGGCCGGGGCAAAGUCGUGUCCUGGUUGCGGAGUUCGCACCUUGCGCGCCAUGGGCUGCAAUCACAUGACGUGUACUCAGUGUCAAAUGCACUGGUGCUGGGUCUGUGGCAAGCCCUGGCAGCCUUGGCACUAUGGCUGCACGCAGAAUGCACAGACCACUGGAGACUGCUCUGUGCCGAAGACUCAGGAUGCAUCGACGAUUUUUGAAGACCUGUUCCAGAGGUCCAACCUCGCUGGGCGUGUGCUGGCCAAUCUUCCUUCAGCGGUGCCCAUGCCGAUCCUGAGCGUUUACACCGCGUUGCCUUUGCUUGCUGUCCUGGCUGCUGCUGUGUGCCCAAGGCACACGAGACUUGCUCAGGGCUUGGCAAGUGCACUGGGCUGCCUUCUAGGCACUCUUGUUGGCGCAUUCCUGAAGCAGGGCAAGAAGGAUGCGGCAAGCUGCGCCAUAGCCCGACUGCUCUCCAAGCACAUCCAAGAGGACAUGCCAACUGAGGAGCUGCGAAGCCUUAUUCAUCGCCAGCGCAGGCGGUUUGGAGUCCCUGCACAAGACCGCUCAAGCGAAAGCUGGGAGGAUAGCUCCUUGCAGAAGAUCUACGAGGAAUUGCUGGUGAAACUCCUGGAUGGCCCUGAACAUGAUCCCUACGACUUGCCCACUCUGCAGAGACUGAAGGCUGCCCUGGAUCUGGACGGCAUCGUCGUUGGCAAUGCCCACAGGCACGCUGCACAGCUGCUGGUGUCCAAGGGAUAUUCAGGACUCGAGGGUGAGCCGAUGCGCGUUGCCACAGACAAGCUGCUCUUCCUAUCACAGCGAGCCUUUGCUGAUGAGGAACCCGAGGAGGCAUCGCGCUAUGAGAUGGGACGGCUUUGCCAGGUGCUGGAGGUCAAUGACAAGGACGCGACAAAGCGUGUGCAGGCUGUCUCCCGGGCAUUGUACCAGCAGAACCUGAGUGCAGUCGUUGACAAGGUCGAUGCUCACACAGGUGAAGCGCUGGCAGGAGCUCAGAUGGCCUUCGGCCUGGCGGGCGAAGAAGCGGAGCGGAUGAACCUGGACACGUACAAGGAGAUCGCCAAGGCGCAACUUGCCGAUGGAGCGUUGACCUCUGAGGGCAAGUCGACUUUGGAGCAAGCUAGAGGUGUACUGCAGCUGCGGGACAAAGCAGCCUCAGCGGCAUUCGCUGCGGUUUCAGGUCCAAUCCUUCAGAAGGAGCUGGACGCGCUCUUGCCGAGCCUAAAGGAUCCUGCUGUGUCGACCGAGAAGCUGAAGGACUUCUCGACAACUUUGACGGCUCGCGGGGAGGUACUUGGCCUCUCCAGCGCUUCAACCUUCACAUGCAUUCGCCAGGCGCUGCAAGAGAACUUGCGGUCCAUGUACAACGCGGCCUGCAAGGAAGCACGUACCAGCACCACAAAGUCUUUGAAGACCAUGGACGAGAUGAUGGCUUUGACCAAAGCUUCGGACGAUCUCCUGAAGCAGAUGCUGGCCGGACUGAAAGAACCAGCGGAAGAGGUGGAGGAUGGGCGCCUUACGCUGACUGCUGACCCCCUGCCCGGACGGCGGUUGUACGGCCUUUACUUGGAGCGGUCCUUGAAGGGCGAGGCACCUUCGACUUCCGACCCUGAUCGGUUCGCCAGCAUUCUUGAGCUGUCAGAGGAAGAUGCAGAAGCUGCCAGAGUUGAAGCAUGUCAGCCCAAGCUUCGUGAGAUGUACCUGACAUGCAUCAAAAAAGCGCAGGAAGAGAAGUGCACAUUGGCGGAGAUGAAACCGGAUCUGAGCGACCAGAUGGCCAAAUUCCGUCUGCCUUUCAAUGCCGUAGAGGAAACGGCCAUGGAGGUCUACAAAACCUGCCUGGAGAAAGUGAGCGGCCGGGUCUUGAAGUCCACGCAAAAGGAGGAGCUCGAUGCUCUGCGAGACUUCAUGGAGCUCGAGAUGAGCAGCGUUCGACGGCUACACCUGAAGGCCUUCGCCUCGACUUACGAGGAGAGCGUGCGGGAAGCGCUGGGACGAUCAGGUGUCAUGUCCGACGAAGCACAGGAGGCGUUGUCUCAACUAGGAGACAGACUAGGUCUUGAGGUCGAGGACACCGAGAAGAUUUUCCAUGGUGUCGUGGAGGAGCGGCUCAAGGAAAUGAUGAUUCCUGUGCGAGAUGCCUGGGAGGAGGCUACUUACACAAAAGAGGCACUUAUGCAGCUGAACAAGGAGCGUGGCAAGGACUUGGGUGAUGAUCCAACUGCCGAUGGCACCGGGGCUGAGCUUGGCAUCAAGGACAGUCCGCCCCUGGAAGGUGUGCGUGGCUACAAGCUCAUGGAGGAGCUGACGAAAGUGGCAAACUUCUAUACAAACAACAAGGUGUUGAAGGAAGAUGCAGUGGACAAGACUUCAGAUGACGAGGAUGCGUGGGCGGCCGCGUAUCCUGUUCAAGUUGGCAAGUGGAUUGAGGACAAAAACAAGGAGGAGAUGUACGGCAUUUUCGUCUGGAACGCGAUCACUUGCCAGGACACCACCGCACGGGACAAGUGGACUGAAGCAAAGGCAGUUGUUGGUGGCAUUUUGGGGCUCAGUCCGAAGUUGCAGAAGAAGGUCUUGGUUCGAAUGGUGUCCAGGUGGUGCAACAUGUUCAUCAAAAGCAAAGUGCAGGAGCAAGGGGAGCUGAAAAAGGACGAUGUGUCCAUGCUCACUGACUGGGCGCCCAUGUUCUUCGGCAUUGAGAAAGAUGUCACGAUGGACAUGGUCCAGGCUGCCAACAAGAGCCUGCUGCAGAACAAGGUGCUGAAGAUCUUGAACAAGCCCUCUGUAACGCCAGAGGAUUUGAGCAAACUCCGGGCAGAAGUUGACGAAUGGGACCUGGAAGUGGCAAAAGACUUGGAGCUUUCCAGGCCACAGCUUCGGUCCUUGUUCAGAGUCGAGGUCGCGUCCGUGGUUGAGGAUCCCGAUCUCAGCGACGAGCAGAAGGUGGAUGGCAUUGAGGCCUCCAGGGAGGCUUUUGGGCUUGCAGAGAAGGAGGCCAUGUCGGAGAUGCAGGAUUUGAUAAAGAGCCGGUGUCGAUCAUGCCUGGUCAAUGCCUCUGGGGACUUGUUGCAGGAGAACGAAUCUGCCGCAGUUGAUCAAAUGCAAAGGCUGGAGCUAUUAGCGGCUUUUGGUCUAUCAGCUGGUGUCGAGUUUCAGGACGAUUGGGAAGUUGCGCCUGCCAUGAGGCAAAAGCUAGUGAAGAUGUAUGUGGCUGGCUCGAAAGGGCGAACACCUGACACGAGGAUGCUGGAGCGCGUGCUCAGCCUGGUCCAUGCCUGA